UUGCGCUGCAACUCUCUCUCUCUCUCUCUGCCUCUGUUUGGUGCCACGGUGAAUAGUAGAAGGGGGAGUUGUUCAAAGCGGCGGAGCACCAGCGCUCUCUUCUCAGUUAUCGGUGAACUCGUCACCGGCUGAUCUCUUCAGAACUCGUCGAUCUCUGCAGAUCAGAUCUCCUCUCAUCUCAGCGAAAGAAAUGGAAGGGUUCAAUAUGGAAGUAUCAAAUCCAUCAUCAUCCUCGGUGUGUCUUUGUGUGAGCACAACCGAAGCUUCUGGUGAAGAAAAAACGCGUUGGUAUAUAAUCAAUCUCAAUGAAGCAAUAUCUAUCCUUGGGCUCUGUGAGAGAGAAAAUGUCAAGAAAAUGGAAAAAGAAGCCAAGAGAAGAUUCUAUCUGUUUAAGAAGAUAACUGACAUGUUUAUUAGUGGAGGGAAAGUAGAGGAGAUGGAGGAGUUCUUCUCCACACCGCUCAUCCCGGUGUGUGAGACCCCUAAUAUGGCAUUUGGUUGUUUCUGGACUACAUUGGGAUCGGUUGUAUACUGGUUUGGGUCCGAACGAGGUAGUCACAAAGUCAAGUAUUGGGACCUUGCAGAUAUUCAGAAAGGCAUGGAGGUAGCUCCUCCCAUGAUUAGCAGGCGAAGUCGUGGUAAAGCUGUGGCUAUUGAUGGGAAAAUUUAUGUCUUUGGAGGCACUAAGCCCUGGGGUGGUUCUAGCACCAACUGUAGUUCAAAGGCGUGGGCGGAAGUGUUUGAUGCUUCCAAUAAUGAAUGGAAGCCAUUGAAACAACCUUCCUUCCAUGCGCCCUGUGUAUUUGUUUCUGUUAUCCAUGCAUAAUGAAAAAAUCAUUAUUGUUGGAUCACUGUAUAAGCGCGGGUUGUAUGCUUAUCAUGUUUGUCAAGAUUCGUGGGAUGUGGUGGAUGAAAAAUUUGAGCUCAUAUCUCCAUAUUGCGAUCCAGUAUUGGCUGGUCAUACCCUUUAUUGGGUUGGAGGAGAUGAGAUCAUUCACGCGUAUGA